AUGGCCAAAGGGAAAAACAAGAAGGAAAAAAAGGAUGAGGGCAAUGAACUUGCUGAAUCCGACUUGCAAGAUGAAGUUCUGCUGGCUACCACAGACCUGGAGCCAGAACCAGAGGAAGUGCAGUACACAGACACAUCUUACACUAGCGCCUCGUUCGAAUCCCUUCCGCCAAUCAUUGAAGAACCAAAGCCGAAAAAGAAAAAGGGGAAAAAACUGAAGGCUGAGCCGAAAAAUUGGAAAAAAAUGAAUAAAAAAGAGAGAGAAGUUUGGAUGCUGCAGAGAAUAGAAGAAUGGCGGGCUGAGAAGGAGGCCGAGAAGCAAGCUAUCCUGGCCGGUGCCAAAGAGAAGAGAGCGCAGCUGGCAAGAGAGAGGGCAGAACUGAUGGCCAAGGACAAUGCAGAGCAGGAGAUCAGAAGAGACAUACUGCAGAAGACUUGUGACUUAUUCCACAAAUUCGAAAGGCAAAAGAUGGAUUUUGAAACCAUGAAGCAGUUGGAAGCAGAGUGGCAGCAGUAUCUACGUUGUGACGGUCUACCUGACCCUCGUGUGGUCACGCAAAUGAACACCUACCUUCACAUCUGGCAGAACCAGAGAGGAUGUGAUGCCGACGAGCUGAACAAGAGAUGCCAGGAAACACUACCGAUGCUGGAAAUGUUGGAGGAGUUCGUCGCCAACUCCAGACAAUACACGCCCCUCCAAGCCCAGAGUUACAAUGAGGUCCGUUUAGCACUACGGGAACAGCUCUCCAACGCUAUACAGCUGGCGUCGUAUACUCUGCUUCGAGACUUGGAAAAGUAUCUCAAGUUUGAAUCCAUCAAACUGGCGAUGUACGAGAAAGAAUUCAAAGGUCUGAGACUGAACAUAUGGGUGGCUGUGAAGAUGCCGACUAGGAAACCCAAGCCCCAAGAGCCUGAUCCAGAGCCCGUCGAGCUGUCCUUCCCUGCCAUGAAAGUGUCUUUGAAGUUGCCAAAGAUUAUAGACGGAAGUCGAGUGUGCGUGCGCGCCGCUAGAUCUAUGAUCGACCUACUGAGCGAAAGCUCGAGAACCUUCCACCUGGGCGGGGAAAUGCCGAACAGAUAUGAAGAUCUCUUCAUAUUCAACGCGAAGGAGCAUAUCGAGACGUACAAGCUGAAGAAAGAAUAUGAUGAGAUCCGAGCCAAAUUCUAUAAGGAGAACCGGGAGAAGAUAAGGGAACUGGAGAACUUUCUGAAGGCCAACAUAUAUACUAAAAAUGAAAAGGAGAAAGAUGAAUUGGACAACUUAAACAUGGCCGAGCCCCCGCCGUUGCCUGACCCCAGAGCACAUAUAGCUGAUAUGAACGAGCAAGCGUUUGCGAAGUAUCUGAAGGUGUGCACAGUUCGAACAAGAGCUGGCGAAGUAAACCUACGAAAAUAUAGGAUAUGCGGUGGAGUCCUGAAUCUAGACCUGCUGAUCACACCACCUCAACCGAAGCGGAUGAUGGGAGGAAUCACCCUUACCACUCUGCAGUUGCCGAAACGUCUCCAGCCCAUGAAAUACCAGGUGCAAUACCGUGCCCCGUCCCCUCCACCUCCAGGUGUGACGCGAACUCCAGAAGAAAUCGAACUAGAGAUAAAGAAGACGGAAGCGGAGUACGAGAAGUUGGCGCUGGUGUUUAUAGAUUUACCUCAAGACGUAAUGUGGACGGAACCUCCAGUCGUGUGCCAGUGGCAGGAGAACAGGAAGCUGUGGACGACCAACUACAUCAAUGACUACAAGUUCAACGAGGACAAGCUCACGCUGCAGUUCAGGACUGGGGUGUUGUGGCCCAUAGGCAUCGCGGCUUUGCGUUAUGGGAAUCUACCUUACCAGGGGUGGGAUCUGAAACCCGACCCGCAAGGAAAAGGUGUGCUAGUAACAGUGACUGGGGUCUGCGUUACCGUGACUUGGUUGUGCCUGGGCUCCUCCGUACGGAUCAAAUGGAUCGCCAACGCUCCCACUUCUGCAUUGAAAGAGUAUUAUAACAAGCCGUUCAGUGUGAAAAGGAUGGCACAGAUAAUGCGGGAGGCAGCUUGCGAUUUCUUCCCGGACUUCGACGCCUACAACCAUGUCGAGGGCUCCUGCCCCAAGGAGUGGGUAUCAGAGAGACACAACUACCAUGCCAUGGCUUUCCUGUCCAGAGCUUACAACUUUCAGUGGAGCAGAUGGAACGCAUCGGCUAACAGUCGCAAUAUAAUAAUGCAGAUACGCGAGGCAGUAGACAAGAAACGUGAGGGCAAACUUCAGUUGUUACACGUGACGCCACAGCGAGCCACCAUACUCAAGUGUAAUGAAAUGACGCAAGAUUUCAACACAGAGCCCAUGAUGGGAUUUCCGUUCUAUCCGGAUUUAUUCACCUUGAACAUGUCCUAUGGCUCAGUGGAUGCGAGACGAACGACUUUCAACAUGAAAUACAAGCUGGUGGAAACAGUGUUCAAUCUACUGCAAGAGCUGAAAUUGUCAAGUUUCUCAUAAAAUUUUAUAACUGGUGGCUUAUUCUUUAAUGCCUAGAAAAAAUAAAGCAAGAUAAAUUUUUUAAGCAAAACCUAAAACAAGCUUGCAGCGCCACCUAUCGGGUCCAAUUGACAAUUAAAAACCAUCCAACAAUCCCGAAGAAUGCAAACAUAAGAUUCCAUUCAUAUCCGUCCAGCCGUUUGGGAGUUUAAUAAACCCCCAUAGUAUUACCCCGGAAUGAAUAUAAUAUUAUGCUGAACAGAGGAAAGAAAUAUCAUAUGAACACAUUGAACGGAUAUUUUAAUUCAUGUAUUUUUUUCGAUGCGAAGAACAUUUAUUUUGACUGAUAAGUUUUAUCGUAGAAUAGGGAUGAUGACUAUUUUUUUUUUCUUCGUUUAUCAGGUAGAUUAUCAAAAAGUAUUGGACACGUAUUUUUUCUUUAUUCACAUAAUAUAAACAUUGCAGAGAUGUAUUGCUUUGAAAAGUCGCAUGACGUCACGUUUUGGUACAAUUUUCACUUAAAAGUGACGUCACGAGCCCCUACUCCCAAAGGUUGACGCGCUAUAACUUUGUCAUUUUUUCGUUAAUUGCCCAAAGAAAAAAUACGUGUCCAUUAUUUUUUGAUCAUCUAACUGACGGACUAAAUAGAAUUUCUUUUACUGUACCCCGUCAUCACCCCUAUUGGAAAAAUCUGCCCUUAGAAGAUCAGCACUGUAAAUACUGCUUUGAGUCUUAUCAGCUCAACUUAUCUUCCGAAGCACGUAAGAGUUUGAGAUCGACGUGAUCAUUCACAUAUUUUAAGCAAAUUUUGGAUCUCCCCUGGUAUAUGAAAUGUUAAAAUUGAGUAUUUCAGACAGUGGUAAACCCAUAGAGGUAUAAGAAUAGAGUGGGGAAGGCGGCUCUAAAAGUGUCCGUCUAGUAGAAAGAGAAAGAAGAUGAGAGAUCGCUAGCUAUCUCUCUCUGUCUUGUGACGCAUGGUCUCCAAUGGCAUCACAUCGAAAUAGUAACAUGCUUACGGUUGCCAAUGCGCAUGCGCGAUUAGAGAGAGAAAGCUAGCGGUCUCUCGUCUUCUUUCUCUUUCUAUUAACACUUCCACUUGUAGUAGAGUCUAUCUCCCCUACUCUAUUCUUAUACCUCUAUGGGUAAACCUGUACCCCUAGCACGAACCAAUAUCGAAUUCGUAUCGUUUGCGAGUCCCAAAAUGUCAUUGUCAAAUGUGUACUGAUUUUUAGUUCUCGUUACGUCCUUUGUGCCGCUGCUGUUCAAGUUUGUAUACAAAAUUUGACAUUGACAUUUCGGUUUGCAAACUAUUCGAAUUCGAUAAUGGUUCGUGCUAGGGGUACUGAUGUGAUGUUAAUUGAACACAAACGUGUUCAAUAAUAAAACCAAAGUCAUACUAUAAACAAAAUCUAUUUAUUUUAUGGAUAAAAAAGAACUAAAAACUUCUAAUAGUAAAAAAAGGAUACUUGCACUCCCGUCCGUUUACCAAACGCCGAAAAUAUAAUAAUAUUAUUAUUACAAAAUGAAAUAAGUUUCUUUUAACAAAUAAAAAUAAGACUUUAACACGGUGAUUUAGUGGCAGUUGAUUUUUUAUUUACAUUUCCCUUUUAAUUUCUAAGUAUUUUUUAAAAAUAUAUAUCAUGAGUGAAACACAGUACAAUUUUGUGUCCGUCAGUUCUGAUGGCGUUGUGAAAAAAUGUGAAAAUAUGGAUGAUGACUAUUUUUUCUCGUCGACCAGGGGGCCAAUCGCCUAAUGUGAUUGCUAUGUCUGUCGCUAUCGAUUUCAUUUUUAUAUUUCUGACCGCCUAAAUUUUUCAAAUACCUUGUUAUUACCAAUGCAAAAGAAAAAGAGCUCGAGGCAUUUCAAUAGCAAUCGCGUUUAUUGGCCCCCAGGUAGAUUAUCAAAAAGUACAUUUGUUCGCACUUCUUCGGAAUUCGCAAAAGGACGGAUUCUCAUUUCACUGGAUCAGUACAGUAAUAUGGAGAAAACGCAUUUAUUUUUCUAGAAAAUUGUUUAUAAGGAAUACUUGCUUAGCCAACUUUGCAUUUAGUUUUGCGGUUGCUGAAGAAGGCUACCGUUUUAUAACAAAGAUUAAGGGCCGUAUUAUAGAAACAUUCCCAGUGGUUGAUCUAGUCUUGAGCAUAGUUAGAAAGGGAUGUCGCUAUAUACAGCACAUAGCGACAUCCCUUUCUAACUGUACUCAAGUAAAGAUCAACACUUAGUUGUCAUUCUGUAAUACGGACCAAAAACGAUUAAAAUUACAUUCUGCUAUAAAAAGUGACUUCCAAAAAGACGAACAAAUUGGACAAAUUUUGUCUGAUUAAAUUGUCUGUCUGUCUGUGUCUUUAUUAUGUUAGAUAAAAGGAGAUUUUUCAAAUAUUUAAUUGAUUGUUUUUUUUUAAUUUCUUUUAAAUCUAUAGCAGAAAAGAGCUUGGGUUUUUCCCGUAAGCGUUUUUCUUGUUAACUGUAUUCCGGCGCAAUGUGAAUCCGUCCGUAUUGGACACGUAUUUACAUAAUUGAACCGUUACAGCGACAUAUCUAUUCGAAAUGUCGCAUGACGUCACGCCUUGGCAUACUUAGAAGUGACGUCACGAGACUCCACUCCCAAACAUUGACAGGCUUUAUCUUUGAAAUUCUUUUUGUACAUUGACGGAAGAAAAAAAGUGUUCAUUAUUUUUUGAUAAUCUACCCCCCCUCAUCACCCGUCAUUGUUAAAAAAUAGUAAUUAACUUUGACAGAUACGUUCUUUUUAUAAAAACUGUGUGUCUAAUUUAUUCAACAGUUAAUCGAGUCGUUUUGUUAAAAUAAAAAUAAUAAGUAAGUCGGCAAUAGCAAAGUCUUUUAAUUAAAGUCGGUAUUGACUUUACUGGAUACAAAAUUGAACUUAACAGCGCAGUCAAUAGUCUUUCAAAACUGUAUUUAACCAAUGACACAAAACCAUGAAGGGAUGACACGAAAGAUUGCACCUAAUAUAAUUGUAAUAAUAUUUUAACGAUCAAUGUUGAACACAUAACAGUAAAACAUCAUGAUUUAUUUAUGUUCUCUUUUGAAGAAUGUGCUUUAGGUACGAGUAUCUUACAGCCAACUUAACGCCGUUGAGAAAGCGUGAAAAAUAUACUGUAAUAUAUGUUUUUUUUUUAUAAAGAUAAUGUUGACACUAUUGAUCAUCACACAAACACAAUGGCCCGUCCUCAACUUUUGAUAAAACCUUCAAAAGUCACCCUUUUAAAGAGAAUGUGUAAAAUAGGGAUAUUGACAAAAAAAUAUUUCUUCGCGUCUCAGGUACAUUAUUAAAAAGUAUUGGACACGUAUGUUUUCUUUAUAAUCAAAACAUUACAGAGAUCGAUUUAAAAUGUCACAUGACGUCACGUCUUGGUACAAUUUUUACUUAGAAGUGACGCCCCGAGUUGCACUCCCAAACUUUGACGCGUUUUAUCUUUGACAUUUUUUGGUUGAUGGACAAAAUAAAAAAUUAGUGCCCGUUAAUUUUUGAUAAUCUAACUGAGGAACUGAAAAAAUUUCGUUUACUUUACCCCAACAUCAUUAAACUUAACUCUUAGUGUCGCCGCACACGGGCCACACGCCACAGCCACAAACGCCGCCACGAGAAGCUAGAAGCGGCUACUAAAGUGGCUGAAGCGCGCGACAGCGGCCGACUAAGGUAAGGGAGAGAGGGGUGGGGAAUCGCGCGAGUGAAGUGUGGCGGCGUUUUGUAUCGGCGCAUUAAGUGGCCGGUGCGGUGUGGCGGCCACCGGCGUACCGUGUGUGGCGAGUCCAUAUAAAAUGUAUGAAAACUACAAGAAAUAUGCCGGUGGCGGCGUUUUGUGGUUGUGGUCGGUGGCCCGUGUGCGGCGACACUUAAGGUUCAAUUACACUUGUUCGUCAGCCCGAAUACGAUUGCCAAUGGAAUUUGGGUAAACGACUAAGUGCAAAUAAACGGAGUCGAGUACGCCCAUAUUCGGGUAGUUUUCGUUUUGGUUACCCGAUACCGUCUUCCAGCCCGUAUUCCAGUAAAAAACUUUGCUUCGGGCGCCUGUAUUCGAACUAUAAAGUACACCCGAACGACUAACGACCAAAUGUAAUUAAGCCAUUAAUAAAUGCAUAUUUGACGUAAUCAGUGCACUUGUUUGUAGUUUGACAAAAAACAUCAGAUGGGUCGUUUUUAUUGACAGAUAUACCAUUAAAACCACUGACUUUCAUAAAAAAGCUUCUCGAGUUACAAUUACGAAAUUACUGAAGUAAAUUCUGUAUUCUAGGAGUAGAAAAUCUAUAUUCUGUUUUAUAAUUGCUGAACAAUUUUCCUCCUUAUUCAUAAACAAUUAACAGCUGUGUUUUAUUUGUUAACAUCGAAUCACAAAUUGUAAUUUUAAGUGAUGUGAAGAACAAGUUCUUACAAUACAUUAAUUUAAGGUCGAAAUUUCAUUGUCACGAAAGUUGUAGGCAAAACGUUGACCGGUCGAUACUCGCUUGAACAGUGAAAACUAUUUUUUUAUAUGAAAUAUAUACAAUACAUAAAUAUUAAAAUAAAAAACUAAUUAUACUUCAAUGGCGUUUCAUACGCUUUCCAAUGGUAGGUGUUUUGAAGUUACGAAUGCCUUUGUGUUUUUAGAUAUUGAUUAGUACGCGUUAUAUAAGUGUUAAGGUUGAAAAUUAAAUAACUCUAUGUUCAAUAUUAAGUGUAGGUAAAAAAUAAUAUUAUUUUAACAACUGCCGAGUCUGAAGUUUUCGCAGUCUAAAAAAACAAAAAAGUUUAAUUAAAAAAACUAGUUUUAUUACCACUAAAAAGUUAAACAUACGUUAAACAUGAGUUUGAGAAAAAAAGCUGUUAAGUUUUUUGUAGUUAGACUAUAUAGGGUGUCCCACGGGCAUGCCACACGGAAGGAAAGUAUAUUAAAUAUCGAAGAAAGGAUAUUUUACUGUAAGAAGACAUAAUUUUAUUUUUAAUAAUAAGUAGAACUGCUUUCACCAUUUUUUGGUAAAUCGCCAGCCAUGUCUGUCUGUCUGUCACUCACAAUCAUAAAGACGCACUGAAAUUUGAAUGAUGGUAGCUUUUUAAUAUAAAGUGUCACUGCCAUUGAAACGCGUUUGAAAUGCCACAAAGUUAUAAUUAGUGAGAAAACUAAUAAUUCCGUAGAAAUCCCAAAAACUUAAUUUCAUCUAACCACUUCUAACUCAAACUCACAUGACUUUGGAACAAAUGUUGUUAUGUGAUUUUGAUAAAUCGAGAAUCGAUGUUUCAGCCGUAAAAAUCGAGAUCAAAUCGUUAUAAUAUAAAAUCUUAGAAAAUUUGCAGAUUAAAAAAAAACAAAGAGCAAACACGCGUUAACACUGAUCACAGACUAAAAUUAUCAAAAAACAUGUUCCACAGCGGAAAAAUCGAUUCUCUCAAGUUUAAUAUAAAAUGUCAAUCCAAGAAUUUUUUUAUGGAUUCAAAACAUAUCGGCUUCCAUAAUCGUGUUAAAUUCAAUGGAUUUUUUUAAUGUAACCUUCGCUUUUAAUAUUAAAUAAUAAUCAUUUUUUUUAAUAAUUAAAAAGCAUUUAUAUAAUGUUAUAAUUUUCCUUUUAAAUUAAAAAAGACGCUAAUAAACUAGAAGGGUAAAACAUUUAAUUGCAUAUUCUUAAUAUUUACACAUAUAAAUGAACAACUAAAUAUCGCGUUUAUGUUUUUUUGUUUUGUGUGUUGCCAGUUUUUUAUUGUUUUCAUUGUGAUGGCAGUUUCCCGAUUGGCAACACUGACCGGUAUUGCAAUAGUCAGACUUAUUUUAAAAGCAAAUGUAGCCAUUCUACUCGAAACUAAUAUCAGAAUGACUUAUCGAGUGAUAAAUAUUUUUUUCAUAAAUGUCUUCAAUGUAAUCGAGCAACGUAAUUCUCUUACGGGCAUUUAAAUUUGAAAGAAUAAAUGUUUUUUUUAUAUCACUUACAUCUUUUUAUAAAAGACUUUGCAGAUAAACUCAAAAUCUGAGUGGUGUCAAAUAUUAUAACGAGGUUAUUUAAACUAAGCGCCUUUUUUUAAAGGGAUACUAUAAUUACUCCCAAAAUUGAUUCAAUUGUUUUUUUUAUACUUAAAAAUUCUCAAUUUCAUUGUUAAAAAUAGAAAGAAAACAACGUCACUCGAUUGCAUUGCCUUAUAUUAUAAAUAUUUUACAUAAGCAUAAAUGUACCACAGUCUAAGAUAUACAUAACAGAUAUACAAUUAAAAAAAAAUGAGAAUAAUGCUCUGUAUACCACAGAUUAACCAACCGCCAUCGGUUUUCAUAAAUCUAAUGUUACGAUACUUAAAUUUAUAGACGAAAAACAUUUAUGAAAUAGUAAGUGAGAAUUCUCGAACAUUGGAUAAUUAUAACAGUUCGAGAAUGGCGUCUCGAGAAAACAAGAUGGCGAUCGGAUUUGUCAACGAAGGAACAUUAUUUACUUUUUAAAACUUUAUACAGUGUACGUCAUUAGUGAUUAAUUUAAACACUGGCCGAACGUUGGACCAAACAUUCGCUAAGUCCAGCCAACAAAUUAGCCAUGGCCAAGGGUAUAAAUUAUAAAAAAAAACAUAGAUUUACUUGUGUUUUUUCUUCAUUAUAUCUACAGUAAAGUUUUUCAAAGUCAAAUUACGAAUUUACACCGGUCUCGUAGGCAAAUACAUUUUUUUUAUAUUAUUUAUACAUAAUAAUUAUUGUAAGAUAAAACCGAUUAUUUGAACCAUAUAAACAAAUCGAUUUUACGUGAAAUAAAUCUACAUACAUACAUUAGUGAGUUAACUUUUUUUUACACCCAUUUGCCUAAUAUAUUUCUAUACUUAAAAUUGUUGGCGCAAAUAUAUGGCCAUCCAUAAUUUCACAAACACAAAUUUUGAAAGUAAGAAGUUGAAAGAAAAAUGCGCCUUCUAACAGUCAUCAAUGAUUUGCCAAUAUUUGCGCUAACAAUUGAAACCAUAUAAAUAUAAGCCGCCAAUACGCCAACAUUGUACCAAAUAUUGGAUCGAAUGUUCUAAAUUGACGAAGGCGUCGUCUUUUAAAAACCAUUAAAACUUUUUAAUUACCAACGUCACCAUAUUAUGCUUUCACAAGUCAAUGCUAAAUGAUCAUUCAGGCAAUAUUUCCUUGAAAUUUUAGUCACACGUCUUAUAACACUAAUGUGCAAAAGGGACAAUAUGUCUGGUGUCGCUUUCUAAGAUUACAUUUUUUAUUGGCGAAAGUUACAAAAAAGCUGUCUUAACGCACAAGAUUUCUCAAUUUAAACUUAUCCAGUGAUAAAGUCAUGAAAACAACCAUUUAAAUGCUGUAACAUUCAAUCAAUAUUCGCCUCCAAAGUUGGUCACAACAUCAACGUAAUUUAAAACGAAAACUAAGCCAUCGUUACACUAACAAAUAUUCGCCAAUAGCCGGCCAACAUCGGCUCAACUGACAUAAGUUAGCUAGCAUUGGUCACGACCAAUAUUGUCAUACUUUUUCAGCAUCAAUAUUGGCAUACUAUGCACGGCCAAUAUUGGCGUACUUCGUCACGACCAAAAUCGCCCAACUUUAUCACGACCAACAUUGGCCGCAACUAGACAAAUUUCACGGCCAAUCAACACAAAUGUUUGAUCAACUGCUCCUGCACAUCCGUCUUACUAACAUCGGCAAAUUCAGUCGCGCUUUUACCCCUUUGCAAUAUUUCGAUCGUAGUUCUUGACUCCAAUUGUUUUAUAUGACACAUAAGUCUAGACUCCGGUAUUGGGUGUAAUGGUUUGGCGAUAUUCAAAGUCGUGUUUUUGAGUGCUCUGGCCAAUGUUUUUAGGAAUUUAGACCAUUGGCGUUCGUUCGAAGUCGCUUCUGGAGUGUUGACGAGAGUAGUAGCUCUUUC